CCCUGCUGAGAUUUAACGACGAAAUAGGGAGCGGAGCAGGCAGAAAUCAGGCUCCAGCUCUGCAACAAUGGCCGCUCGAGCUGCCUCCCCCAAGCGCCUUUCUGCUUUCCUCUCAUCUCCCAAAGUGAUCCCAUUUUCUCCAGCUAAUUAUUGUACAAACAUUCUCGGGGAAUCACCAGUGCUAGUAAGAGAUUUUAUUCAUGCGGCUCUGUAUCAUCCAGAGCAUGGUUAUUUUUCUCAAAGAUCGGGCUCAGUUGGAGUUCUUGAUAGAAGCAUUAAGUUCCAUCAGCUUGAAGGUAGGAAAGCUUACAUGAAGCACUUGGAUGCUAUCUAUAAGCAGAGUGAUAGUUCAUGGUUUACUCCAGUUGAGCUUUUUAAGCCUUGGUACGCCCAUGGAAUAGCUGAGGCUAUUUUACGCACGGCUAACCUCUCCAUUCCACUUAAAAUAUAUGAGAUUGGAGGUGGAUCAGGGACUUGUGCAAAGGGUGUGAUGGAUUAUAUAAAACUGAAUGCACCCACAAGAGUUUAUGAUAAUAUGACUUACACUUCAGUGGAAAUUAGUUCUUCACUUUCUAAAAUACAACUGGAAACUGUUGGAGAAGUACACAGCCACUCAGCAAAGUUUAGGGUAGAAUGCCGUGAUGCUUCUGAUCCAAAUGGAUGGGGUGUUGAGCAGCAACCUUGUUGGGUCAUCAUGUUAGAGGUGCUUGAUAAUCUGCCUCAUGAUCUUAUCUACUCAGAAAAUCAAGUGUCACCUUGGAUGGAAGUUUGGGUUCAGCAGAGACAUGACACUUUGCUAGCAUCUCCAUUAUCAAUAGAUGGGAAGUGGUUUCUAGUACCUAUCUCUACAAAUAUAUUGGUACUUUUGGCUUGUCUGAGAUCAGACUUCUCUGAGCUAUAUAAGCCGCUGCACGAUCCAUUGAUUGGAAGCUGUAUGGAGAUCUUGGAUUUGGCAAAAGAUGGUACUACACGUGGAACCAUGGCAGGUUCAGUGGCCAAAAGUAUUUGGUCCAAAAUUUUUCCAAGGCCACGAAGAUGCUGGCUACCAACCGGUUGUUUAAAACUUCUACGAGUUCUACAUGGUGCUUUACCAAAGAUGUCUUUAAUUGCCUCUGAUUUUAGCUACCUUCCUGAUGUAAGAAUACCUGGUGAGCGAGCUCCGCUGGUUGCAAGUAAGGAACAUGGGAAGAGCUCAGAUCUCAACAGUUAUCUGGAUGCUAAGGGUGAUGCUGAUAUAUUUUUCCCAACGGAUUUUCGGCUUCUUGAACGUAUUGACCAUUACUGCUCUGGAUGGUGGAAGCCACAAGAAGAUAAUUCUUCCAAGAAGGGAAGGAAGAGACGGACACUUGCGCUCGACACAGCAUCCUUUAUGGAAGAAUUUGGACUUCCCUCCAAGACGAGAACCCGAGAUGGUUACAAUCCGAUGCUGGAUGACUUCAAGAACACUAAAUUUUACCUCAGUGUUCCCACACACAAUAUCAAGUAGGCAUUUGGAUUCAAAAACCAUAUUUAUUUCGUGGAACAGCUGAUGUUGGGAUGAGGCAUUUCUUCAAUGGAUGCUGAAUCCAUGAGGAUCAUUCAAGCCUACGAGUCCUGAAGUUCUGCUUCUUUUCCACUAAAUUGCAGACUCAGGUAACGCAUUUUUUUAACAUGGAUGCUCGCUUAUAUUUAUUUCUUUGUUGUUUUGACUGUAAAAUUAGGUAUAUCUAUGAUGGCUUACAGUUUAUUUAUGCAUAUUGAAAAGCUAUAUUUAUUUAUUUAGCAUAAUUGAUUUUUCAAAUUAGUUAUAAAUAGAAAACUAUAGUAGUAAUAGCUACAUAUUGUAUAUAGUUAAUUUUGUAUUUUUUGAAAUCAACAAAUAAUCCUUAUAGGGGCUAUU